CGGGGUCAGUGGACGGCCGGAGUGAAGUCCCGCCCUAUCCCCGCCCCGCCCGUUCACCCGUCCCCACAACCACUCCCUCUGCUGGUGACGGCAGUGCAGUCCGAGGCCAAGUCCAAGCAGAGCUGAGGCCAAGUCCAAGCAGAGCUGAGCCCAAGGCCUAGGCCCAGUGUAGGACAGCCCGAGACCCUGGGGUGGCGGGAAGUGGCCCAGAUCAGGGCAACCUGAGCCCGAGGCCCAGCCCAGGAGAGCCCGAGGCCCAGACCAGCCCAGGAGAGCCCGAGGCCCGGCCCAGACCAGCCCAGGAGAGCCCGAGGCCCGGCCCAGACCAGCCCAGGAGAGCCCAGCCUCCGGGCCGGCGGGGAGCCGACCCACGAUGGUGCUGCUGACGAUGAUCGCCCGGGUGGCCGACGGCCUGCCGCUCGCCGCCUCCAUGCAAGAGGAUGAGCAGUCUGGACGAGAUCUGCAACUCUAUCAGAGCCAGGCCAAACAGCUGUUCCGCAAGCUUAAUGAGCAGUCACCCACUCGGUGUACGUUGCAAGCAGGAUCUAUGUCCUUCCAUUAUGUGAUAGAGAAAGGUGUCUGCUAUCUGGUUUUAUGCGAUGCAGCAUAUUCAAAAAAAUUGGCUUUUGCAUAUCUUGAAGACCUGCAGGCAGAAUUUGAUGAACAGCAUGGAAAGAAGGUCCCAACAGUCUCUCGCCCUUACUCUUUCAUUGAAUUUGACACAUACAUUCAAAAAACAAAGAAAUCCUACAUCGACAGCAGAGCACGGAGAAACCUCGGCUCCAUAAACACAGAGCUGCAGGAUGUGCAGAGAAUAAUGGUGGCGAAUAUUGAAGAGGUGUUGCAGCGAGGAGAAGCACUUUCAGCUUUGGACAGCAAAGCCAGUGGUCUUUCCAGCCUGUCGAAGAAGUACCGACAAGAUGCCAAGUACUUGAACAUGCGUUCGACAUAUGCCAAGCUGGCAGCUGUUGCCGUCUUUGCGGUCAUGCUGAUAGUUUACGUGCGGUUCUGGUGGCUCUGAAACUGGCUGAAUGUAGAGUGGGGCAUGUUGAUUUGUGCUGACUGCACGCAAAUUCUGAGAGUUCCUGGAGUACAUCCACACUUUUCCUGAAGCCUGAAGUUUGUUGCCAGUUAGUCUGGAUAUAGAGCCGUCUCCCUCUUGUAGUUACUGUGGUCUGAUGGGCCUUCACUAUGUGGCACCAUUAAACUAUAUUUACCAACCACCAUAUUGAACUGAAGAACCCCUUUUCUUUCCACUCCUUUGGAAUGUGCAUUCUAACAUCUCAAAUUCUAAAGAAUAAUAAAUGUUAAUUUUAUUUUCUGAAUCAUUAUGAAGAGUGGAAAUAUUGAAAAAUGUAGUUGCAAAAUCUUCUGUAGAGAGAAUGAUCUUCUGUGAUAUGUCAGUCCAAUGGUUAUGUGUGGACCUGAGCAACCCAGUUGAGUGAAAGAUAACAUACUUUCAUGUAAUUGUGUAGAAAUUGAUCUCGCUCGUACAUUGAAUAAAAUCACAUACCAUCAGAACGGUUUUAUCCGUUACCGAGACAUGCAA